GGUACGGUAAAAACCUAUACUAGUAGUACUACCACACAAGAACCAAGCUUACGUCUUUCCCCGCCUCUAUUGCUAUUGCUACUCGUGUAGCUCGUUAAAAUGAUUCCGCGUACUACAAUAUGGCGUUUUCCAAGCGUCUUCAGAGCUACUGGUGCUGCUCGCUUCACUCCUACAAUUGUACACCGGACUUUAGCUACUCCCGCAACACCACCUUCUCCGAAUGACCCCUUCGCAAAUGGUACCAAUGCCUACUAUGCAGAGGAGAUGUACAGAAUUUGGAAACAAGAUCCAAAGUCUGUGCAUGCUUCUUGGAAUACAUACUUUUCUGGCAUGGAACAUGGUCUUCCUAGCGCCAAAGCUUUCCAGCCACCCCCAGGCCUAAUUACGCCCCCUGCAGACGGUGCCCCUGCGCUAUAUGCCGGCGGAGGUUCUGAGCUCGAUGACCAUCUGAAGGUUCAAUUACUUGUACGGGCCUACCAAGUUCGUGGCCACCAUGUCGCCGAACUGGAUCCUCUCGGCAUUCUAGAUGCUGAUCUCGCAGAUGUUCACCCUCCUGAACUUGAACUAAGCCGAUACGGGUUCACCGAGCGUGACUUGGACAAGCAGAUUGCUCUUGGACCAGGUAUUCUGCCCCAUUUUGCGACAGAGGACCGGAAAUCAAUGAGUUUGAGGGAGAUCAUUGCACUUCUCAAACGGAUAUACUGCGGCGCUGUGGGUAUUCAGUAUGUUCACAUCCCAGACAAGGAGCAAUGCGAUUGGAUCAGAGAGCGUGUCGAAAUUCCAAAGCCUUGGAACUAUACGGUGGAGGAGAAACGCAUGAUUCUUGACCGUCUUAUCUGGUCAGAGUCGUUCGAGAAAUUUAUCGCAAGCAAGUACCCGAACGAGAAGCGUUUCGGUCUCGAAGGCUGUGAGGCGUUGAUUCCUGGCAUGAAGGCGCUCAUCGACCGAUCCGUCGAUCAUGGUGUCAAGCAUGUCACAAUGGGCAUGCCUCAUCGUGGUCGUCUUAAUGUUCUUGCCAACGUCAUUCGCAAACCCAUUGAAGCCAUUCUGAACGAGUUUAUGGGUACGGAUGUUGACAACCCAGCGGGCGACGUCAAAUAUCACUUGGGUGCAAAUUAUGUUCGCCCAACACCGUCUGGCAAGAAGGUCUCUUUGUCACUUGUUGCCAACCCAUCGCAUCUAGAAGCCGAGGAUCCUGUUGUCCUGGGCAAGACCUAUGCCAUACAGAAUGUGGAGGGCGACGAGUCCACUCACAACACUGCAAUGGGUGUGCUGCUGCACGGUGAUGCCGCAUUCGCUGGUCAGGGAAUUGUCUACGAAACCAUGGGCUUCCACAACUUACCCAACUAUGGUACUGGCGGUACCAUCCAUCUCAUUGUGAACAACCAGAUUGGUUUCACUACUGACCCUCGUUUUGCGCGUUCCACCCCUUACUGUUCCGACAUAGCCAAGUCUAUAGAUGCCCCAAUCUUCCACGUGAACGGUGACAACGUCGAAGCCGUCAACUUUGUCUGUCAACUCGCGGCUGAUUAUCGCGCAAAGUACAAACGUGACGUUGUCAUCGACAUUGUUUGCUACCGUCGUUACGGCCAUAAUGAGACGGAUCAGCCCCAUUUCACUCAACCUCGGAUGUAUCAAGCGAUUGAAAAGCAGCCAACACCACUUACCCAGUACACGAAGUUCUUAGUCGGCCGUGGGACCUUCACUGAGAAGGAUAUCGAGGAGCAUAAGAAGUGGGUCUGGGGGAUGCUGGAGAAGGCAGCCGGUGCGGCCAAGGACUAUGUUCCGACCAGCAAGGAAUGGCUAUCCGCAUCUUGGCAGGGUUUCCCUUCACCUCGACAGUUGGCAGAAGAGACGCUGCCAACGCGUGCGACAGGUUCUGAUGAAGAAAUUCUCAAGCGCAUUGGAAAGGCCAUCUCAUCAUAUCCUCCUGGUUUCGCCCCGCAUCGCAACCUUGCUCGUAUCCUUAGCGCCCGUGGCAAGACAGUCGAAGAAGGUCUCAACAUUGAUUGGUCAACAGCUGAAGCCCUUGCAUUUGGCUCUCUCGCACUCGAAAAGAUACACGUGCGCGUCUCCGGUCAGGAUGUGGAGAGAGGUACAUUCUCUCAGCGGCACGCUGUCAUCCAUGAUCAGAAGAAUGAACAGCAGUAUAUCCCUCUGAAUGACCUUGGUUCAAAUCAAGCCCGGUUUGUCGUAUGCAACUCGUCGUUAUCCGAAUACGGGACUCUCGGAUUCGAACUAGGCUACUCACUAGUUUCACCGAGCUCUCUCACUAUGUGGGAGGCGCAAUUUGGCGACUUUGCCAAUAAUGCCCAGUGCAUCAUUGAUCAAUUCAUCGCCUCUGGCGAACGGAAAUGGUUGCAACGCUCCGGCCUUGUCAUGAGCUUGCCACACGGGUACGAUGGUCAAGGUCCUGAGCAUUCAAGCGGAAGGAUUGAGCGCUUCCUUCAACUUUGCGACGACCACCCUAACGUCUUCCCUACACCGGAGAAAGUCGAGAGGCAACACCAAGAUUGCAAUAUGCAAGUCGUGUAUCCGACUACUCCCGCUAAUUAUUUCCAUGUUCUUCGUCGUCAAAUUCACCGCGACUUCCGCAAACCACUCAUUAUCUUCUUUUCUAAAUCACUUCUACGCCAUCCCAAUGCUCGUUCGGAUCUUUCGGAGAUGGUCGGCGACACUCACUUCGAACGCUAUAUUCCCGAUUCCCAUCCUGAACACCUAGUGCCUGCUGAGGAAGUGAGACGUCACAUCCUCUGCACCGGUCAAGUAUACCAGACCCUCAUCCAGGAGCGUGAAGCCAAGGGCAUCAAAGAUGUGGUCAUCAGCCGCAUUGAGCAGAUCUCGCCCUUCCCCUACGAUCUCAUCACUCCUCAUCUUGACAAGUAUCCCAAUGCAGAUAUACUUUGGUGUCAGGAGGAGCCACUGAACAACGGGGCGUGGACUUAUGUUGGACCUCGUAUUCUGACUGCCGCCAACGAGACACAGUACCACAAAGGCAAAUAUCCGUACUACGCAGGAAGGCAGCCGACGGGCUCUGUCGCUACAGGUAGCAAAGCCCAGCACAAGAAAGAGAUUGAGGAGUUCUUGGCCGCUGCCUUUGCUUAAUAGUGUAUGAUGCUCAGUAACAAUAAUAUAUACAUAUCAUAGCGGCGCGCAAACGCCGGUCCCCUCUUUUGACUUACCGGUGUACCUUGGCCAUAGGGGCAUAAAAAUCAUCUACCUCAGGUGUAUUUUCAAGAUCGAGAGCUUACUUUUAGCAAACAGGCUAGGCGACAUUUCACCGAGAUCU